UUACCAGGUUAACAACAUGGAUAGUUACAGUCAGCGUUUUGAAUCUAAUACCGGACGAGACAGUAAAUCUCAAAAGAAGAAGGGUCUUUCUUCCCUCCACGGCUCGUCAAGCUACGAUGAAGGAGACCGCAAACCAAAGUUUCAUUUGCCCUUUAAAAACAUCACAGAUGAUGUGCUGGACAGAUUCGCCAGUAUUCGGAUUCCGGGUAGUAAAAAGGAGCGGCCACCCUUAUCACACUCUAAACACAAUAAUACUGAUUGGUCCAUUUCUUCAUCAUCCACCUCCCAUCAGUUUGAGGAGCUGUCUUCAAAGAUCACCUCGGAAAAAGAGAUCCUGGCUCUGUUUGAAAAGAUGAUGGAGGACAUGAACUUGAAUGAGGAAAAAAAGACUCCUUUGAGGGAGAAGGAUCUCAACACAAAGAGAGAAAUGGUCAUCCAGUAUGUUUUUACUGCUUCUAAAACUGGAAGCUUGAGAAGCAGCCAUCAGAUAUCUCCCCAGGAAUUCCUGGGAGAGCUGAAGUCGGGGGUGAUGGAUGAACGUCUGUUUGCCUGUCUAGACUCAUUGCGAGUUUCUCUUACCAGCAACCCUGUCAGUUGGGUGCAGAGCUUCGGGCAUGAGGGUCUUGGACUGCUUCUGGACAUUUUGGAGAGGUUGCUGUUCAAGAAACAACAGGAGAAGCUUGACAAAAAGAACCAACAUAAAGUUGUCCAGUGUCUCAAAGCCUUCAUGAACAAUAAGUAUGGCUUGGAUCGAAUCCUGGGGGAGGAGAAAAGUCUUGCAUUACUGGCAAGAGCAAUUGAUCCCACUCAGUCUGCCAUGAUGACUGACGUGGUAAAGCUGCUGUCAGCCAUCUGCAUUGUGGGCGAAGAGAACACUUUAGAGAAGGUCCUUGAAGCUAUCACCACAGCAGGAGAAUGGCGAACCAUCGAGAGGUUCAGUCCCAUUGUACAGGGACUCCGAGAUCGCUCAGUUCAAUUACAAGUGGCAUGCAUGCAGCUCAUCAAUGCACUUGUAACAUCUCCUGAUGAGCUGGACUUCAGGCUGCACAUCAGAAAUGAAUUUAUGCGCUGUGGCCUGAAAGAGAUAUUGCCGCAACUGACAACUGUCAGGAAUGAGGCCCUUGACAUUCAGUUAAAGGUAUUCGAGGAGCACAAAGAAGAGGACAUGAUGGAGUUCUCUCAUAGGCUGGAGGACAUCAAGAGCGAGCUGGAUGAUGCGGGGGAUGUGUUCAGUAUUGUGCAGAGCAUGGUGAAGGACAGCAGUGCAGAGCCCUAUUUCCUCUCCAUACUGCAGCACCUGAUGCUUAUACGCAAUGACUACUUGGUCAGGCCUCAGUACUUUAAGAUCAUUGAAGAGUGUGUGUCACAAAUUGUGCUCCACCGCAGUGGCACUGACCCAGACUUCAGUUACCGCAAGCGUCUGGAUGUGGAUUUCAGCCACCUCUUAGAGGUGUGUGUAGAAAAAGCUCGAUCUGAUGACUAUGAACAAAGAGCUUCAGAAUUGGCACAGAAGUUUGAUGAGGAGUUUUUAAGCAGACAGGAGGCACAAGCUCAGCUGGUAAAGUGUGAAGAGAAAAUAACUGAACUUCAAACAGAGCUGCAGGCUUUCAGGACCCAGUUUGGAACUCUACCUGUGAGUUUAUCUUCUGCCAAUGCUGGAGAGACGUCAUCUUCCUCUGGGCCUCCACCCUCUGCCCCAGCAUCUGGGGUGCCACCUCCCCCUCCUCCGCCUCCUCCACCUCCUUUACCUGGCUGUCCUGCCCCACCUCCUCCACCUGGAGUGCCUCCUCCGUUUGGUGCCCCUCCUCCGCCCCCGUUAGGGUUUGGUGGUCUAGGCUCUCCCACUCACCAUGCACUGCCUUAUGGCAUCAAGCCUAAAAAGGAUUUUAAGCCUGAGAAUUCCAUGAAGCGCCUCAACUGGUCCAAGAUUCGUCCCCAGGAAAUGUCAGAGAGCUGUUUCUGGGUGCGGGCUGAUGAGGACCAAUAUGCAAAACCUGAAUUGCUCAGCAGAGUUGCUCUCACUUUUGGUUCACAAAGGGCAGCCAAAAAAGAAGAGGAGGACCUGGAGGAUAAGAAAUCCAUAAAGAAGAGAAUUAAAGCGCUUAAGGUGCUCGAUCCCAAGAUUGCACAGAAUUUGUCCAUCUUCCUGGGUUCCUUCCGUAUGCCUUAUCAGGAAAUCCGUCGAAUGAUAUUGGAGGUGGAUGGGGAGCAGCUCACUGAACCUAUGAUACAGAACCUUGUGAAGCACCUACCGGAGCAGGAGCAGCUGAAUGCUUUAGCCAAGUAUAAAAACGAGUACACAAAUUUGUCAGAGCCUGAACAGUUUGGGGUUGUGAUGAGCAGUGUGAAGCGGCUUCAUCCUCGCCUCAGCCACAUCCUCUUCCGGCUGCAGUUUGAGGAGCAGGUAAACAACCUGCGUCCAGAUAUCCUGGCUGUAAACGCUGCCUGUGAUGAGGUCAGAAAGAGCCGCUCCUUUGGCCGCCUGCUGGAGCUGGUGCUGCUGCUGGGGAAUUACAUGAAUGCAGGCUCCCGAAAUGCCCAGUCCUACGGCUUCGACCUCAGUUCCCUUUGCAAGCUAAAGGAUACUAAGUCAGCUGAUCAGAAGACCACGUUACUCCAUUUCCUGGCACAAGUAUGUGAGGAGGACUUUCCAGAUGUGAUCAAGUUUAUUGAAGACCUUGAGCACGUGGACCGAGCAAGCAGAGUGUCUGCAGAGAAUCUGGAAAAGAGCCUCAGGCAGAUGGAGAGGCAGCUGCUGCAGCUGGAGAGAGACCUGGAGACUUUCUCCUCCCCUGAUGACCCCAACGACAUGUUCUUCACUAAAAUGGCUAGCUUUGGCAAGGUUGCACAGGAGCAGUAUGGCAAACUAGUGAUCAUGCACAGCAACAUGGAGACGCUCUAUCAGAACGUGUUGGAAUACUUUGCCAUCGAUCCCAAGAAGACCUCUGUGGAGGAGCUGUUCACUGAUCUCAGCAACUUCCGUUCCAUGUUCACUCAAGCACUCAAGGAGAACCUGAGGCAGAGGGAAUCAGAGGAGAAACAGAGGAGAGCACGGGCAGCAAAGGAAAAGGCUGAGCGUGAAAAACAGGAGAGACAGCAGAAGAAGAGGAGAUUGCUGGAAGUCAAUGCAGAGAAUGAUGAGACAGGUGUGAUGGAUAGUUUGCUGGAAGCUCUACAGUCAGGCGCUGCAUUCAGAGACCGCAGGAAGAGAGCGCCAAGACCCAGGGAUAACCAGCACCAGACGAUCAGCCCCAGCUCCUACCGCCAGGUUCUCAGGCCUGUUAACCAUGAAAACAACAGGGCACCUUUACAAAGGUCUCGCUCUCGGCAGAAUAUAAAUGUGGGUUCGGCGGUGGUGAAAGCUCCCCCUGCCAAGGAGGCCCAUAACGAGUCUGAGGGCCAUCCAUCUGCAACAGCCCGGGCCAAGGCUGCUCCGUGUCCAGAGUCCGGUCGCAGGUACAGGAACUACCCAGGUCACAGCUACGGGCUGGAAAGAGAGAGGGUGGUGGACAGAGAGAUGGUUAAACCCACAGUGAAAGAGAUGGGGAUUGAAGCAGAGCCUCCAGCCUUCCAGCCGUCCUCCACUGGUGCUACAGUCAGCAGCUGUAGCACCAAUGGAGAGUCUGAUGUAGAGGCUCUCCUGGCCAAACUCAGGGCCUUGUAAGAAUCACGUCUUAUCUCUGCUAUAAUAUCUAAUGAUUGA